UCUUGUUCGCCGUUUGUAAAUAAAUGUGAACUUGUAAAUAAAUAGAACCGUUGGACCGGAUGAAGACUUUGCAUUAGGCAAAGAAAAGGUUAUUCCCCGGUUACAAAAGUAAUUUUGCUUACCGAGGUUUGGUUUAGGCAGCGCAGUGUGUAUUUUGGCGUCCUUGUAACAAGAAACUAUGGAUAAGAACCAACAAGAACGUAAUGAGAUCAACUCUGACUUGGAACCUCUAAUAAACAAGAAAUCUCAAGAACUGAAGUUGUACUGGUAUAGAUGGUACAUUCUCCUUCAAUUUGCUUUAUUUUCCUUGCUUCAAACUUGGGCAAGUUCAAUGUGGAGUCCAAUCGUUAAAUCCGUUGAAGCAAGCCUGAACUUCACCCAACAUGACUUUGAUUUGCUGGCAGAUUGGGGUGUCAUAGGGGUGAUGUGUUUUAUCCCAGUUAAUAUGUGGAUGCUUGUUAAAUACGGAAUGCGUGUUGCAGUCCUGUCGGGAAUGUUUUGUGUUUUUCUUGGCUGUGGAAUAAAAUGUCUUCCUUUACCUACUGACCAGCUUAAAUAUGCUAUCCAUGCUGGUCAAAUUCUUAAUGGCAUAGGAGGAAGUCCUGUUUUAUCGGCGCCCACUUAUAUUUCAAACACUUGGUUUCCUGCCAGCGAAAGAGUGUUCGCAACUGGUGCUAUGAUGAUGUUGGGGAAUCUAGGUGGUACAACAGGCUACAUGUUGGGGCCUUAUCUUGUGGAACAACCAAACAACAGCAGUGGUUUAAAUGGAACAAGUAAUGUUGAAGCUAUGGUAAAGGAAAUCAAAACUUAUCUCUACAUAAACUUUGGGUUUGUAUUUGUCGUUUUCUUUAUGAUGUUGACAUUUUUCCCAAGUAAACCUCCAUCCCCACCUAGUGCUAGUGCAGCGGCUGAAAGAUUAAACUUCCUCGAUGGGCUAAAGAAGUUGUUGAGAAAACGUACAUAUUGGGUGAAUGUUGUUGUGUUUUCCAUGGUUGUUGGAUCAUUCUAUGCUUGGAUUGGAAUCAUGCCUCUGCUUUACACUGAUAGAGCAUCACAGAAAGUAAUUGGGAUGAUAGGAGCCAUUACUGGGGUGCUUGGCACAGUGGUUGGAAUACCUUAUAGCUGGUUAGCAGACCGCAUGAAGAGAUACAUGUCGAUAAUGCUUAUUGUUACAAUCAUAUUAUCCUUUGUUGCUGCUCUUUAUUUGGUCAUAAUGACAAUGGGCUGGAUUGAUACUUCUCCAUUUUGCUUUACAAUUGGUGGUUUAUGGGCUAGUGUUCUAAUCUUAGGCACUCUUAUAUUUGCUGUGCAACCAAUAGCAAUGGAGAUAGCUGCAGAAACUGCCUUCCCUGUUAGUGAAGGGACAAGCAAUUAUAUACUAAUGUGGUUUACUAUGGUCGUUAAUGUGAUUUUCUUCUCAAGUCUCAACCUUGUAUCAGAUCAAAAGGUUUCCCUUUAUAUGUUGCUUGGGUUCAUUGGUGCUGCGUUACCUCUACUAUAUUUCACUAUACCUCAUUCAACACCACGGUUGGAACUGGAUGAGAAUAAUGCUAGCACCUAACACUGUGGGACUCGUGAGGAUACGGUUACUUAAUUCUUUGAAUGUUCUUUGUUUACUAUCAAAUGGAAUGGUUAACAAGAAUGUAAACAUGGACCAUCUUACCCCAACCUAUUUUAUACCUCUUUGUUGCAGCCAAUAAAUAAAGGUGUCGCCAAUAGCAAGAUGUUGGCCUUUUUAUAUAUGUAACACGUAACAAUAUCAUAAUGAAACUCAUCACCUAUUUAUUUAAACUGAUUCUGUAAUUUCAAAACUUCACUUUCUCCCACUGUAUAUCCAUGUUACAUUUUAUUUUCAAAUAAUUGGUGUCCACUGUCUUUUACAUUAAAAAUUUCAUAAAUUUUCUCUUUUUUGUUAUUUUUGUGUCCCAUUAUAUAUCUAUAUUCAAAUUACAGUAUUAAUAACAUCCUAGGCUGUUUUUUGUGAUGACUUUUUAAAGUUUUAGACAAUUUUAAAGUGCAAUAACCCACAUUCCAAGUUCGUGUAGCAUUAUUGCGUUUCAUUUAUUAAAAAUAUUUUAUUUUUUUCAUGUCGUAAAAAUAGCCUUGUGUGAUUUUUUUCCUUGCAUACAUGUAAACCAAUGUUAUCCAAACUAUUUUAUUUAUCUAUUACCAAUAUUAUAUGUGGCUUAAUUGUUUGUUUGUAGUUUGUGAUUCAGCAUGUACUGUAAACUAUAUUCUGUCCAAAUAACUUGACGCCCAAAGAACAUGCAUUAGUGGCCACUAUUCAUAUUUAUUGGACUAUGGCUUGCGAUUUGGGCCACUGCUGUAUACAUAUAUAUUGCAAUAAACACGUUUUCACUUUAACUUAUAUUAAACAUGCAUUAGUAUAUUUUUUAUAUGUACCAGAACCUCACACAUAUGUAUUUUAUCUGGCACUGUAUGCAUUUUUAACUACGUUGUAGCAUUUCAUAACGACUGUUGUUCUACCAUAACCUCCUGUUGAUUUGUGAUUUUGUUUUUUUCUGAACUUGUUUACUCUGAAAUUAUUUAAAUAAAACGGAAAUUAACAAUA